GCAAGCUUCUUCCGUUUCCUGUCCCUGAUCAUUCACACCAGAGACUCCAAGAUGGCGGCAGCAGGGCGACUCUUACAACCUCUUCUGCGGACUUUCAGCGCCCAGACCCGGCAGCUCUCAGCCGCCGCGCACGGCGAGCCACACCAGGCUGCGCGCACAUGGAAGAUCCUGUCCUUCGUGGUGGCUCUGCCAGCGGUGGGGGUCUGCAUGCUCAACACUUACCUGAAGAUGCAGCAUCACUCCCACGACCGGCCGGAGUUUAUCGCCUACCCACACCUGCAGAUUCGCAGCAAGCCCUUCCCCUGGGGCGACGGGAACCACAGCUUGUUCCAUAACUCUCAUGUGAACGCUCUCCCCACUGGCUACGAGGGUGGGGAGCACUAAGCUGGACCGGGUCCACAACCACUGGGACCAGCACUUGAGAGCAGCGCAUCACGCCUCCUCUCUAUUUAACCUUGCAGCCCUAACAUGUUUACCUCUGUUACUGUUUGAGAGGGACACAAUAAUAAAUAAAUAAAAUGCUACUGUAGAA